AUGGACGAGGACUUCUCCUCUCAGAUGAAGAAGAUGGCCUUGGCCAUGGGCACGUCCCUGUCAGACAAGGACAUAGAGUUGCUGCCCACGGACAUGAGGCAUCACGGCUCCUUCAACUACCUCAAGUUCUUGGAGUACAUGCAGAAGUUCCAGGCCUCGGGGCAGCUGGAGAGCGCCAUCCGCCAGGCCUUCCAGACUCUGGACAAGGACAAGAGUGGCUUCAUCGAGUGGAACGAGAUCAAGUACAUCCUGUCCAUCGCCCCCAGCAGCACGCCCACCGCCCCGCUGACGGACGAGGAGGCAGAGGCCAUGAUCCAGGUGGCAGACACGGACGGGGAUGGCAGGAUCGACUUCGAAGAAUUUUCUGACUUGAUCAAAAAGGAGAAAGUUCCAAAGAAGAAGUAA